GUGAUUGACUGGUGGUGGCCCGGUCCCCCGGAGGCCCUGGGCCUGUUUGAAGAAGUGCUUGGUUGUCGGCCGGGAGCGUUGUUGGAGGGUGCUGCCGCUGGGAGAAGCGGUCGGGGAAGGGACGGUCAUGUUUGUCGCGGGGCAGCCGGCGGGUAAGCGUUUCACGCUGCCUUCAUCCGCAGGCCCACGAUUCGGAAACACAACAGGAGAGCAGGUGACCUGCAGAACAAAAGAUCAGAGUGAAGUCAAGAAAGUGCUGCAGCCGUUCUUGUUUGGUCUGUUUGAUAUUUGAAAGAUCAGUAUAUACUAACUUGUUUAGGUUGUCACCUAAGAGAGCUCAGUUAAAUUCAUUCUAAACCACUAUCAAACUAAUAUACCGUCCAAUAAGAUCCAAGAAUCUUCCAAUUUGCUGCAAAUGGAUCAGAAAAGAAGUGGCACAUAUUGGUGAUCAAAUUACUUGAAGAAUUACAUUGAUUUUAUGCAACUGCAUUUUACAUUACAAUACCUCCCCUCCAAAGGGAAAAACACCUCUGAGGCAUCGCAUGUCGCGCAUCAAGAGCACUUUAGACUCUGUGUCAAAAGCUGUCAGUACUACACACACUGAGCUCAUUGGGAAACUCGUACGACUGAAACCCACUCUAAGUAUUUCGGUGAAGCAUUCAGAAACCGAGCUAGGUGUGCCACGUGAAAACUCAGGGAAACUAACCUCCACUAAAUCUAAUGAACUUAAAGAUCUGAACCAGACAACAGAGAAUACUCUUCAUUCUGUUUCCAACUAUCCUAUUGGUUCAGAACUUGAAGAUAAUUCCAACAAGAAAUCAUAUAGUAAUGGUGCAAGUAGCAAAGAAGAAGACGAAAAAUCAAAUCUCUUCCAUGUCAGCUACAUCGCUACUAGUUUUGGUGAAACAUUCAAUUAUGUGGCAAAUCAUAUCAAUAGUUAUUUUGGGAGUAUGGAACAAAUAGAUACAGAAAAGGUCAGAAAAUUACCUUUGCUUGAGCAAAAAGUUGGGUCUAAGACUGAUCCCACACGGACAUCAACUUUUAAAUCAAAAGUAAAUGGAGCAGAAGAUGGUUUAAAUACCUGUAAUGGAGAUACUGCUGUAACUGACACAUCCUCUUCAACUGCAAUCACAAAAAAGAGUUUUGCUAGUUUACUUUCAUAUCCAACAAAUAGUGUUCAAGCAUUUGUGGAUUCUUACUUUGGGAGUUUUGUUCCCAAGCUGAGAACUGAAAUGAAAGAGAAUGCUGAAACCAAGAAUAAAAAUCAGAAGGGUGAAAAUGCAAUUAAAGCUGAUGAGAAAACUGAUGACAAGGAAACCAAGCCAGUAGAUGAUAAAGUCAAGUAUUUGGCUCUUCAGCGAGAAAAGAUCAUUGCCAGGUUCAGUGUGGAUAACAGGACAAGAGCUUUGGUGCAGGCACUGCGUAGAGCUUCCGAUGUUAAAGUGUACGUCAAUCGAGUAGAAGAACUGAAUUACCAUCUUCUAGAAUACCCUGAAACCAGGGCAGUGGCUGUCAAGGAGAAGCUAAUUCCUUGCUUGUUACGCCUGAGGCAGGCAAAUGAUGAAGCCCUUCAGAGUGCAGUCAGAGAGGCUCUGGCUUUAAUUGGGUAUUCAAAUCCUACUAAAGGCCGUGGUAUUCGAGUCUUGGCUAUUGAUGGAGGAGGAACAAGGGGAUUGGUUGCUCUUCAGACCCUUCGUAAACUUGAGGAAUUGACAGGAAAGCAAGUCUAUCAACUGUUUGACUACAUCUGUGGAGUUAGCACAGGUGCCAUACUUGCCUUCAUGUUGGGGUUUUUCCAGAUCGCAUUGGAUGAAUGUGAGGAAAUGUACCGAAAGCUAGGGACAGAUGUAUUUAAACAGAAUGUAAUAGUGGGAACUAUGAAAAUGGGCUGGAGCCAUGCCUUUUAUGAGAGUGAGACAUGGGAAAAAAUACUCAAGGAAAGAAUGGGUGAAGAUCUUUUAAUUCAAACUGCAAGGAAUCCUAAAAGCCCAAAGGUAGCAGCAGUGAGCACUAUAGUGAACAAAGGGAUACCAUUGAAAGCAUUUGUCUUCAGGAACUAUAAUCACCUGCCUGGUGUAAGAUCACACUAUAUGGGUGGGUGUCAGUUUAAACUUUGGCAAGCAAUCCGAGCAUCUUCAGCUGCACCCGGCUAUUUCCAAGAAUAUGCUAUUGGCAGUGACCUUCAUCAGGAUGGCGGUUUGCUCGUUAACAAUCCUUGUGCACUGGCCAUACAUGAGUGUAAAUGCCUUUGGCCAAACACACCCAUUCAGUGUGUGAUCUCUCUUGGAACUGGUCGUUUUGAAACACUGGGGAAAAGCAGUGUGACUUAUACCAGUCUCAAAACAAAACUGACUAAUGUAAUAAGCAGUGCCACAGACACAGAAGAAGUGCAUACCAUGCUCGAUGCUCUUCUUCCUCCUGAUACCUAUUUCCGUUUCAAUCCUUUCAUGAGCGAGGAUAUAGUGUUGGAUGAAAACCGUAAGGAGAAGCUAAAUCAGCUGCAAAUGGAUGGGACACGGUACCUUGAACGGAAUGAACUCAAGCUCAAGAAGGCUGCCAAAAUUCUUGGUCAGGAGAAGGACGUGCUUCAAAAAGUAACUGAUUGGUUCAAAUUAAAAUCAGAUAUGUAUGAUGGCCUUCCUCUGACUUCCAAGUUGUAAAUUAAAAUUCUCAUUUCUGGAUUCCAGUUAGUGAUAACAUCAGUGUAUUCCAUCAUACUGAAAUUCAAUCCAUGCUUAAAACCUUAGUAGCAGUAAAUAAUUUGUGUUAAUACUUGAAUUAGCUCUGCUUUUAUAACAACUAAUGCUGUUUGUUCUGAUUAAACAUCAUUCAUUCUCAUCAUGCUUGUAAAAUACUGAUUUCUUUGUCAUCAAUUGAUGUUCAUGUGAUGCUCAGUCUAUUUUGUGGCUGUAGUGAGUCUAUUCUGCUUUGGUUUGCAUUAAUUUUUCAUUUUGUGCCAUAAAUAUAUUUAUAGAUGAGAUAGACAUAGUUUAAACAGUAAUAUGAUCAUGCUGGUGAAAGUGUAUUUUGUUAAUUUACUCUGAAAAAUUGUACCACAUAAUUUUCAGCCCCUAGCACUUCACAAUAUUUCUGCGGAGAAGAGUUUGAAAACCAUAUUAGUAUAGGCACUUGAGCACAGUUUGUUGUUUAACAAAUAAUUCAGUUACCCUGUUUACCGACACUAUUGUAAUAUACUGUAAAAAAUCAAUUUCCUUGUGCAUAUCAAUAAAAUUUCUAGUUCAAAAUGUG